GCAGCACGGGACGGCGCAGGCGCAGUGCUCCCCCUGUUUAUUGUCGCCCGGAGGCCGCGGCCUGUUUCCCGACACCCGGAGCCGUCCCCAGAGCUCUGCGCCGUCCGACGCGCUCCCCGAUCCCGGGGCCUUGAGCCGUCCUAUCCACUCCCCCCCGGCCCCAGGCAGCGGCGUGUGGCCGCCCAUUGGCCCGCGGCCUACCUUUCCACCCCCCACGCCCCGCUGAGCCCGCUCUCGGCCCGGGAAGCCGCCUCUCCCUCUCGGUCCCUCACUCCCUCCGGGCCCCGGGCCCGCUCGCCGCCGGCGUCGCGAACUGCCACCGCUGCCAUGGUGAAAAAACGGAAGGGCCGGAUCGUGAUCGACUCGGACAGCGACGAUAGCGGCAGUGAGGAGAACCUUGACCAGGAAUUGCUGUCAUUGGCUAAGAGGAAACGGAGUGAGCCAGAACAGCAGGAGCAGCAGGCAAGCAAACCAUCAGCAUCAUCAGAUUCGGAAACCUCAGACAGUGGUGAUGAGUGGACAGUGGGAGGCAGCAAGACCAAAAAGAAGGGAAAAGGCAAGGGUGUGGAGAAGAAAACGGCCACCAAGAGAGCAGUAAACAAAGCAGCUUCAUCAGGCAGCUCAGCGGAGGAUAGUUCUGGUGAUAGCUCUGCACCAGAGGAAGGAGAAGUUUCUGAUUCGGAAAGCAGUAGCUCAUCUUCAAGCUCAGAAUCUUCAUCCUCGUCAGAGGAGGAGGAGUUUCAUGAUGGCUAUGACGAUGACUUCAUGGGUGAUGAAGAGGAUCGUGCAAGAUUGGAACAAAUGACUGAGAAAGAACGAGAGCAGGAACUGUAUAAUCGAAUUGAGAAAAGAGAAGUGCUACGGAGGAGGUUUGAAAUUGAAAAGAAGCUGAAGGCAGCAAAGAAGAAAGAAAAGAAAGAGAAGAAGAAGAAGAUGGAGGAAGAGCGAGAGAAGAAGAUGCAGCAGAUCCAAGAGUCUCAGGUGAUGUCGCACAACAAAGAGCGGCGAUCAAAAAGGGAUGAGAAACAGGAUAAGAAGUCUCAGGCAAUGGAGGAGCUGAAAGCUGAACGAGAGAAAAAGAAAAACAAGACAGCUGAAUUGUUGGCCAGGAAACAGCCUCUAAAAGCCAGUGAGGUUUAUUCUGACGAUGAAGAGGAGGAGGAGGAAGAGCAGUCAAGUGUGAAGAGUGAUCGAUCAUCUAGGUCAUCAUCUUCUGACGAAGAGGAAGAAAAAGAGGAAGUUCCAGCCAAGUCGCUGCCGGUCACUUUACCAGAGGAACUCAACAAAAUCAGGCUUUCACGCUAUAAGCUGGAGCGAUGGUGUCACAUGCCCUUCUUUUCCAAGACAGCAGUUGGUUGCUUUGUUCGCAUUGGCAUUGGAAACAGUAAUGGGAAGCCAGUAUACAGAGUUGCAGAAAUCACUGGUGUUGUAGAAACUGGAAAGGUCUACCAGUUGGGCAGCUCAAGAACAAACAAAGGCCUGCAGUUACGACAUGGGUCAGAUGAGCGGGUGUUUCGUCUUGAGUUUGUGUCAAACCAAGAGUUCACAGAAACGGAGUUUAUGAAAUGGAGGGAAACGAUAAUGAUGGGAGGAAUGCAGUUACCAACCAUGGAUGAAGUUAACAAGAAGGAACAGCAGAUCAAACAGGCACUGGAGUAUAAAUUCAAUGACCGUGACAUUGAAGAGAUUGUGAAAGAAAAGGACCGAUUCAGGAAAGCUCCUUCCAAUUACGCUAUGAAAAAGACGCAGCUAAUGAAAGAAAAAGCAAUGGCAGAAGAAGCGGGUGAACCAGAUAAAGCACGACAAAUCCAGGAUCAGCUGAACGAACUAGAAGAACGGGCAGAGGCCCUUGACAGACUUCGCACCAAAAACAUCUCUGCCAUCAGUUACAUAAACCAGAGAAACAGAGAGUGGAACAUUGUAGAGUCUGAAAAGGCUUUGCUGGCUGAGGUCCAGAACGAGAGAACUAAACAAAUGGACCCCUUCACCAGGCGCCAAUGUCAACCAACCAUCGUCUCCAAUUCCCGAGAUCCUGCAGUCCAGGCUGCAAUCAUUGCACAUCUGAAUGCCAAGUACGGAUCUGGGUCCCAGACAGAGCUGCCAUUGGAAUUAAACAAACCGCAGGAUCAGGGAAGCAGUAAGAAAGAGGACAGUAAUAAUAAAUCAAACUCCGACCUUUCUGAGGACCUUUUCAAAGCGCAUGACUUCGACAUCAAGAUCGAUCUGCAAGUACCCAAUGCAGAAUCCAAGUCGUUGUCAGUGAGCUCGAAGACUCCGUCCGUCAAAGAUGGAACCCCAAGGCGAUCCCUAAACCUGGAGGACUACAAGAAACGCCGGGGACUGAUUUGAGCAUGUCAAGACGGCUACUGCUGCUGCUGCAUUUCUUUGUAUGUGUCUUACUGGCAGCAGAUGAGUGCAGCAAGCGGACUUUGAAAGACUGAGCCCGGCUGCCCGACUCUCUGUUCAGGCAGGACGGUCAUUGUAUAAAAAAAACCAAACUCCUUGGUGAUUUUUAUUUUUCUUUCAUUUAGUAAAAGUAAGUUGAGUGCUGCUUUCUGUCAUUCUUUAGUGCUUGGCUGCAAAGUGAUCCCACUCAGUAGUCUACAGUCUUUUUUUAAAAAAAUCUUAACAGGGAUUGAGACUAUAGUUUGCCUGAGGGGAUAGUUUGAUUUGUGCAUUUGGCGAGCUCUGUUUGAAGCAGUGUUCUCCUACUAGAACAUCUUGUAUACAGGAAACCUUUUCUUUUUCUACAGCUGAGUUUUGUACAUGUACACAGUAGUUUAAGUGCCUAGCAGAAAACCAUCUGGUGGCCGGCUGGAUUUGUGAUCAGCUGGAUACAGAGCACCACCCCGCCACAUCUGUUCUGGCUGCUAGGUUGUUUUAGUGCAUGUGGCCUAUUGGCUACUGUAAAUGAUGGUAAGUAAUUGUUUUCCUCCCAGUUUGUGUCUGAUAUCCGCCAAGUAAACCCACCCCCUCCCCCCUCCCCCCAAAAUAAAACUGCUUGGCAGUUUCCUUUCAGAGGUCUCCCUACUUUAGCUCAUCCAUUGGUUUCACAGCAGUCAGAGCCAACUGUGGAGGAGACUACGUCAAGCCAGCCCUGGGCCCUGCUUGUCAUUGAAGUAUUGGUAGCCUUCGUCUCCUCUGUCUGAUCUCGGGCAGUGAUGCCAUCACUUGAGCUCACUUUGCCUGUGAGCACUUUCCUGCUCGAUCCCUGCAACAGUAGCUCAGUGAACUGGAAUCUGUUGCUAGGCCCAGGGCUUUGUUAGUAGGGAAUCGCUUGAGAUCUGUAAAUAUCUCCCCUGUAAUUAAGGCACCCCUGAGAGUUGAACCUUGCACCUGAUUAAAUCAGAGCAGGUUUUCAUUUGCAUCAAGCCGUUAUUCUGAACAAAAGGUAAUACAAGCAAUACCUGGGGAGCAGAAAACUUGAAAUGUGUGGUUUGAUCUUUCAUCGUCUAAAAGAGAAACCCAGGUGAGUGGUUCAGCUGGCACAAGCAUGGUCAAGGCCUGCCUGAAUUAUUAUUCUCUUUCCUCCUUCAAGGUAGCUACUGUAUGUUUCCAUCAGAGUUUUUUGUGUUUUAUUCUGCAGCGAAUGUCCUCUUGUUCGUGUUUAAAUCCCAAGAGACUGGAGCUACAUUGACCUGUGUCUGCCCUGCCCAGCCCAGCAGCCCAGGCACUGGUUAAAUCAUUGACUUAGUUUGAGUUUUGAAUGGGGGGGAGCAGGGGGGGGUGGGGUUCAUGGUAGGCCACAGGCGUUCCCAGAUUAACCCAGCAAAAUAUACCCUGUACUGGGCAGUAAUUUCAGUCAAGGGUGGAACAUGUCGCAUCAGAUGUUGGCAGGGCAGUUAUUUUGUGAAUGUGCUCCGAGUCGAUUUACAAACAGGAAGAUAUAUGGAACCGAAAACAAUGUACUCUUGUAGUACUGUAUUCCUGCCACUACAUGGUAGUGUUGUUAAUAAAGUGCUAAUCCAUCGUC